CCUUUUUCCUUUUUCCCAAUUAUAUUUUUCUAAUAUUUCAUCGGUCUCUCUCUCUCUCUCUCUCUCUCUCUCUCAUACGUACGUACGUUGAUAUGUCGAAGAAAACUCAUUCGAUUAAUCUUUGUGAUUGAUUUUACACUCGGCCCUUUCGCCAGAAUUUCGCAACCAGGAGUCGUAAUCGGGAGACAUAAACUUUACAUGAUUUGACUCAGUUCGUGUGCUUUUCGUUACCCGGAUAAGAUAUGGAGGGAGGAGGGCGUGGUGGGAGUAGUGUGGACAUGUUCUUACGCAACUAUAAGCUUGGGAAAACACUUGGUAUUGGUUCAUUUGGGAAGGUGAAAAUUGCAGAACAUACAUUAACAGGACACAAAGUUGCUAUAAAAAUCCUCAAUCGUCGCAAAAUCAAAAACAUGGAAAUGGAAGAAAAAGUUAGAAGAGAGAUUAAGAUAUUAAGAUUGUUCAUGCAUCCACAUAUCAUCCGUCUCUAUGAGGUUGUAGAAACACCAUCAGACAUUUAUGUUGUUAUGGAGUAUGUGAAAUCUGGUGAGCUUUUCGAUUACAUUGUGGAAAAGGGAAGAUUACAUGAAGAUGAAGCUCGCAAUUUCUUUCAGCAGAUAAUAUCUGGUGUGGAGUAUUGCCACCGUAAUAUGGUGGUCCACAGAGAUCUUAAACCUGAAAACCUGCUAUUGGAUGCCAAAUGCAAUGUGAAAAUUGCAGAUUUUGGUUUGAGUAAUAUCAUGCGUGAUGGUCAUUUUCUCAAAACAAGUUGUGGAAGUCCAAAUUACGCAGCCCCUGAGGUUAUAUCUGGGAAACUAUAUGCUGGGCCCGAGGUAGAUGUAUGGAGCUGUGGUGUUAUCCUGUAUGCUCUUCUUUGUGGGACCCUUCCUUUUGAUGAUGAAAACAUUCCUAACCUUUUCAAGAAAAUUAAGGGUGGAAUAUAUACCCUUCCGAGUCAUUUGUCACCCGGUGCUAGAGAUUUGAUUCCAAGGUUGCUUGUGGUUGACCCAAUGAAGCGUAUGACUAUUCCUGAAAUCCGUGCACACCCGUGGUUCCAAGCUCAUCUCCCUCGCUACUUAGCUGUCCCUCCACCUGAUUCCAUGCAGCAAGCAAAAAAGACCGAUGAAGAUAUUCUUAACGAGGUGAUUAAGAUGGGGUUUGACAGGGAUGGGCUUAUCGAGUCACUUCGCAACCGAGUGCAAAAUGAGGGUACUGUGGCGUAUUACUUGCUACUGGACAAUAGGUUUCGUAACUCAAACAGUUAUCUUGGAGCGGAGUUUCAAAAACCAGUUGAGGGGUAUAGAGGUUUGAAUUCAAAUGAGGCUUCUGUAUCAGUUUUAUCACCACGUUCAUCUGGAUACAUGGAUUAUCAAGGAACAAAUAUGAGAAACCAAGUUGAAAGGAAAUGGGCUCUUGGGCUUCAGUCUCGAGCGCAUCCUCGUGAGAUAAUGCAAGAAGUAUUAAAAGCUUUGCAAGAACUGAAUGUUAACUGGAAGAAAAUAGGACACUACAACAUGAAGUGCAGAUGGGAUCCUGCCACUAGCCAUGGACACAACACCACCAUGCAAUUGCAAAGUAGUCGUUACUUUGGAGAUGAGUCAACCAUAGUAGAUGCUGCUGCUGACACUGCUUCCUCAACCUCUCCGAAUGUUGUCAAGUUUGAAGUCCAGCUUUAUAAAACUCGUGAGGAAAAGUAUUUGCUUGAUCUACAGAGGGUAAAUGGACCCCAGUUCCUGUUUUUGGAACUUUGUGCUGCGUUUCUUGCUCAGCUUCGUGUUCUCUAGAACAAGACAUAGCCUGAAAAAAAUAUAUAUUUAUAUGUAUGAAGAAUGGCUUUCUCCGGGAUAUCAUCUUUUGUGAAGAAAUGCUAGGCUGUAUUGUAUAUAAAAAUCUCUAGGCUUCUAUUUAUAGGCGAAUUUUGUGAGCCCGUAUUUAACUUUUGUUAACUUAUAUAAAACCAUCAAUAGCUUGUUUUGGUUUAUUAUAAUAAGAGUAAAGUAAUGUGUAACCUUAGUAUCGCAUUUAUUAAGUAAAACUUUAUUGCAUGUAUUUGUUAAAAAAAAAAAAGAAUCGGGA